GCUUCAAAUCAUAAAAUGUCAGAUUACUUUUCAAACUUACACAAAAGGCAUUAAAACAUUGAAAUAACUAGGAACUUAUGAAGAAUAAACUUUAAACUUAAAAAUGGAUGACCAAGCAUGUCCUCGCUGUAAAACUACAAAGUAUAGAAACCCUUCUUUAAAAUUGAUGGUUAAUGUAUGUGGCCAUGCCUUGUGUGAAAGCUGUGUUGAUUUACUGUUUUUAAAAGGUUCUGGAUCAUGUCCAGAAUGCAAUGUUCCCCUACGCCGCAGCAACUUUCGAGUUCAAUUAUUCGAAGAUGCUAUGGUAGAAAAGGAAAUGGACAUUAGAAAAAGAAUUUUAAAAGAUUUCAACAAGAAAGAAGAAGAUUUUGCCACAUUAAGAGAAUACAAUGACUAUUUAGAAGAUAUAGAAUCUAUAAUUUAUAAUUUAGUGAACAAUAUUGAUAUUUUAAACACUAAUAAGAAAAUAGAACAGUAUAAGAAGGAUAAUAAGGAAUUAAUUAUGAAAAAUAAAGCAAAAAUUGGCAGAGAAGAAUUAGAAUUAGAAGAAAUAUUAGAAAUAGAAAAGCAGAUGGAGGAAAUAAGAAGAGCGGAGGUGUUAAGGCUAGAGCAGGAGGCAAAGAAACAGAAGAUUAGGGAAAAGGAAGCUCUAAUAGAUGAGCUGAUGUUUGCGGAGGGUGAUGCCAAGGAUAUAUUGAACACAUUCUCACAGAAUCUAGCCAAUAAACAGGAGGAAGUUGUGCCUGUAGUUCCUAAGGUAACACAAUUCUCAAGUGGUGUGAAAUUCACUAGAGGCUCCGGUCAGCAACCCUUACCGAUAAUAGAAGAAGGACCUUUAUACAAAUAUGAGCCACUCGCUAUACCAGAUAGAAUUGGUCCAGAUCCACCGUCCUUACAGGAAAUUGUUAAUAAUGGGUACCUGCAGCAUGUGAGAGCAGAGAACGAAACAGAGAAGGCCGGUGGCUAUUCAUCUACAUUACCCUGUCUACGAGCAUUGCAAGAUGCCCUCUCAGGCUUAUACCAUGCGAGCUGACAGCAAAUAGAUACUAUAGUGAUUGAGUGAUUUGGACUGUGAUUAUUGUUAAUUAAAUGAUAUGAUGUGUUUGUUUU